CAUUGCUUUCCCCAAGUUGGAGUCAUUAUUUCUACAAAAUUUAAAGAAAUUGGAGAAGAUUUAUCACGGCCGUUAUGGGAUGGGGUCUUUCAGCAAUUUAAGAGAAUUAAAGGUCAGAAAUUGUAAUGUAUUGAAGAAUCUCUUUUCGUUCUCUAUGCUCAAGGGUCUUGUGGUGCUCGAAAAAAUAAAUGUAAGCCGUUGUGAAAUUUUGAAAGAGAUUGUUGCUUUGGAAACAAGAGAAGAUUCUGAAAUUAAGUUGCCACAGUUACGCAAAUUGAAAUUGAAGCAUUUACCUCAGCUUACAUGCUUUUGCUCCCAAGGGGAUGUGCCUUCCAUUUCCCAAAAGCCAGCAACAGCUUCUACGAGCUCUGGAGAGGUCAUAUUGGAGGAUGAAUCUGCAACUCUUAACUCUUUCGCUACUUUUCAGCAAAAAGAUUCAAUUCCCCAAUUUGGUAGAUCUGAAAUUAGCUUCAAUCAAUGUGGAGAAGAUAUGGCCCAAUCAACUUACAGAAUUAUCUCCAUGGAUUACAAACUUAACAAGAUUGAUUAUUGACACCUGCGAGAAUUUAAGUUAUUUAUUCACAUCUUCUAUGGUUGAAAGCCUCGCGAAACUCAUACACAUUGAGAUAAGGGAUUGCAAAUCCAUGAAAGAAGUCAUAGUUACAAACCGAGAAGAAAUGAAGAGCAUAAUGCUAUUCCCUAGACUGGACUCCAUCAAGCUCAAAGGACUUCCGAGUCUCAGAAGAUUUUGCACUGCGAAGUUCAUAGAAUGUCCCUCCUUGAAACACUUGCGGAUAAAGAAUUGCCCGCAACUCCAAGCAUUUAUCUCUAGUUCCAGAAGUACAUAUGCGGGAACUAGCGGACAAGCAAACUCAACUCUCUUUGAUGAAAAGAUUUUGUUUCCCAACUUGGAAAAUCUGCGUAUCACGAACAUGCACACAUUGAAGAUGAUAUGGAACGAUGAACUCUGUGUGGAUUCCUUUUAUAGAUUGAAAGUACUCGAAGUAGAGCAUGGAAAAGAACUAUUGAAAGUUUUUCCAUCUAAACAGUUGCUGAGAUUCAAGAACUUAGAAAGAUUGAUGGUUAAGGAUUGUAAUUUAGUGGAAGAGGUAUUUGAUCUCCAAGUAUUGAUGAAAAUACAAGAAGAAACAGAUGUUGCAGCAACCACUCAGACUCAAUUGAGAUAUUUGAUUGCAAGAGAACUCCCAAAUUUGAAGAAUGUAUGGAAUGGGGAUCCUAGUGGAAUUUUGUCCUUUCAUAACCUACAAAAUGUGCAUGCAUGGGAUUGUCCAAAUUUGAAAGAGCUAUUCCCAUUUUCAAUAGCUCAAAGUCUUCCACAACUUGAACUGCUGAAUAUAGAUGGUUGCGGGAUGGAGGAAAUUGUUGCCAAAGAGGAAAGAGCAGAAGCAACUCCUAAGUUUACAUUUGGUCGACUGAAGUCCUUAUACCUUUGGAGAUUAAAUGGAUUAAAGUCUUUUUACUCAGAAAACCACAUCUUAGAAUGUCCGCAGUUAGAAAAAUUGAGUGUCUAUGGCUGUGAUAAAUUGGAAAUUUUUACUUCAGAACCUGGGGAUUUGCAAACAAUGGAUUUGGAGAAGCAGGAGACUCAAUUGAAGAUUCAGGUUCCGCAGCCAUUUUUUUCAUUUAGAAAGAUUAUUCCCAACUUGAAGCAUUUAUCAUUAGGGAACAAGGACACCUCAACGAUUCGUCAAGGCCAGUUUCCAGCACACAAACUAGAAUUUCUUGAAUUGAGUUGUUUUCUUGAUGGUUCAACAGAUUCUGCAUUUGGUCUCAUUCAUAAAUUUCCAAAUAUUAAAAAGCUUACUCUGGCAGCUUCUUCCUUCAAAGUGCUAUUCCAACAUGGUAUUCUUGGUGAAGCUGAAGGGGCUCUCGCUCGGCUGCAAUUCUUAAAACUGGAAACCCUUCCGCACAUGAGCCACAUUUGGAGUGAAGAUUGCCCACCUGACCAUGUUUUCCAAAAUCUUGAAGCUUUAAAAGUAUGGGUUUGCCCCAGUUUGAUUAUCUUGGCACCGUCAACCGCAUCUUUCCAAAACCUUUCUACUCUUGAUGUUCGGCGCUGUGAUCAACUAGUCAACCUAGUAGCAUCCUCUACUGCAAACAGUAUGGGGAACCUCACGAAAUUGACUGUAAGAGAUAGCAAUAUGCUGAAAGAAAUUGUAGCCAACGAGGGAAAUGAAUACCAAUCCCAUUCCCAACCUCAGAUUAUUCUCAGUAAAUUGGUAACUCUAGAGCUCUGUGGCUUGAAAAACCUGACUAGCUUCUGCUCAAUUGCAAGUUGCACCAUCAAACUCCCAUCUUUGAAUGAUUUAGUUGUGGCACAGUGCCCCAACAUGAAGAUUUUCUCUCAAGGAGUCAUAACCUCACCAGAGCUAAAGAGAGUCUAUCAGACACAGGAUAGAGAUAAAUGGCUUUGGAUUGGGGACCUGAAUACCACCAUAAAACAAUUGUAUGAAGAAAUGGUUGGAUUUAGUGGCCUGCAGCAUUUGAAACUCUCAGAAUUUCCCCGAUUAAACAAAUCUGGCACGACCAACUUCCCGUACAGUUAUUCUGCAAUUUAAAUACGCUGGUGAUCGAUGAUUCAGAUUUACCUUUAGCUCAGUUCCAUCCAAUCUAAUACCAUUUUUGGGUAAAUUGGAAGAGCUUGAGGUAAGAAAUUGUGAUGCAGUAGAACGAAUAUUUGGUCUAGAAUGGCUAAAUCUGAGUGGAUUUGUUGGACAUUUUUCAAAGUUAACAAGCUUGACUGUGCAUGGUUGUGGCAAUUUAAAAUAUCUUUUAUCAUCAUCAAUGAUUAAAAGUAUUGUGCAUCUCCAAAGAAUUGAGAUAUGUGAUUGUAAAAAGAUGGAGCAAGUAAUAGUCGGGGACGGUUCAGAAGAAGAAAUGAGGAUGCUACUACGUGAACUAGGGUUCCUGAAACUUGGAGGUCUCCCGAAACUCACACGAUUCUGCACAUGUGAUUUGAUUGAAUGUCCUGCAUUAAAUGAGUUGCAAAUUAAAAAUUGCCCUGUACUGAUGACAUUUGUCUCCAGUUCUGCAAGUG